AUGCAACAAGCACAACGAGAUGAGCGCCAUCGAAGAGCUCGAAGGCCUCUGGAGAACUUUCCAACAGAGUACGUUAUGCCCGAGACCCUAUGCAAAGUAACGGACCUGUUCCUGAUCUACGAAGCUCGACCUGAGGUGGCAUCAUCCGAUACACAACAGGAAGCAUCCCGACCUCUUCGUAGAGUUCCCUACGGACCCACCAUCUCCAACGCAAGUCUUGUAGUGCUCCUCUCUAUAAGAGAGAAAGUAGAUGAGAUCCUACAGUCAGGCAUACCCAAUGGCCCCAGCACCGACAGCUCGGUCGUGGGAGCCAUCCCGCGGACGACGCACAAUACCAGAGUUGGAAGGGAAAAUGGCAUCCGACAAAAUCAUUCAACGAGCGCCUUCGAUUUUACGGGGGGUCCUCCUCGCACGCUUUCAAGCGAGACACUGCCUACUAGGGAGUCUAAGAAAGAUUCAGUGUCCCCCCGCAGGGGCUCUCAUCGUGGCGCUCGCCCUGACCAAUAUCCGCUUCUUUUGGAGGAUCAAGACUGCUCGUCCCUAAAACAAUCCCGUACCAUCCCUCUCCUUACAGAUAAAGAGGUCCGCGACCGCCUUUCCCAGAACAACACGGACUCUUUGUGUGAAGUAGCAUUGAAGCCACACCUUCCUCUGCCCCAUACUGCAGACAAAGGCCCUUUGGGCUCUGUCGCACAACCGCCCGUGUUUCCUUGUGUCGUAGCAGAUCUUGGCCAGCGCACGGCUAGAACGCUCGGCCUCCUUGCGCAGGAAAAGACGGUACGGCAGUCUGGAUUUAUCAAAAUCAAAGUCUCAGACUAUAGGGUGCCAGACCGCACGGAAAUGACGGUCACCGCCAUCGCACCCAUCGACUCCUACACGACGACUCGAUCCGAAACACUCAAAGACGGCACGAACCGGAUAGAGUACCAUAAUACGGGGCGUGUAAAAGAAGGGGACUCCAGAACCAUGGGCGGUAGUCGCGGCCUUGGCGUUUCUACCGACUUUGGGUCGGCUUUCAGACGCGAGACCGUGGCUGAUUUGUCUCAAAAGACUUAUCUCGUCGGGAACUUGAGCGCGUUCGAGGGCCUUGACCCGGGGUACCUAGACUGCGGAGUUCAGCUACGGGCUAUCCUCAGAGAAAACGUCGACGGGGUAUCGUCGCCGUAUCUCUAUUGCGCCAUUGACCCCCUGACGACAACUACGAUGCACAUCGAGGACUUGCGCAGUGCAUCGGUUAACAUGGUCCGUUGGGGUGGCCCUAAGGCGUGGCUCAUAGUCGAGCCAGGUUCGUCCCGGAGACUGGAGGAACGCAUUGCAAAAGCGUGCGGGGUCGCCACGGGCACUAGGACGUCUUGUUCGCAGUUCGUUCGCCACCUGAACAGGAUCAUCCCGUCGGAGACGCUUGACCAUUGGAAUAUCAAGUAUAACAUUGUCGACUGCUACGCCGGAGAGCUGAUUGCCACAAUGCCCGAUACCUAUCACCAAGUGAUUAAUAGAGGAGUCAACAUUGCCGAGGCCGUCAACGUCGCCUGGAGUCCUAUAGCAGAACUUCUGACUGACUACAGGUUCUGCUCAUCACGCUGUGCCGGUGAUUCGGGCAUUACCAAACGUCAUCUGGACCCAGAGAAAGCUCAAGCUCUGUUAGGUAAUGGUUCAGACGGCGGAAGCGUGUUCAGGCCGCUAGAUGUAGGCAUCUCGCCGCCAGCGCCUCUCUCAAGAGAGAAAGGCGCCUCCGCUGGAGGAAACACUCAUAUUCAGGCUAGGCUACAUGGCCAAAAGCUUUCAGCCAGGAGGCAGAAACCUGAGUCGAGAAUAGACCAAGGCGCGGCGUCGACAUCGCAACGAAAGAGAGCGUCUCCGUGUACGGGCUCCUUCAGCCCACCCGCGGAGGGACCCGCGAAAGCCUGCAAGCGCCAACGUAUCGAGGCUCGGGCACUCGAAAUCGACGCGAUUGCAGAGGGCGUUCUUGACGGCCAUGGUGCUCAGAGGUGUAUCAAAAUUCUGGAGGCAUGGCGGUGCUCUAGCGCCGAUGCUCUAUCGAUGUUCAUCCUCCCCAGGAGCCCCGGGCAGAGCCAGACCGGCCAUUCCUCCAUUCUGAUCCAGCAGCACGAAGCAUUCAAAGCCAAGUCCGAGCUCUCGACAUUCCAAUCCCACAUGGCUCUCAUCAUGCUGCACUUACAUAACAACGCUCAAGAUAAUGGGCGACAAAGGCGGUCGAAAGAAGCCGUCGACAAGCUGGUUAUAACAUACGCAUCCAAAAGUGCGGAGGGACACAGCCGACGAAAAUCGAUGCGACGUUACCUUGCUUGGGGUCAGGCUUACUAUCGUCUCAGUUGCCCCGAUCUCGGCUUUCUGGCCGCUCUUCCGAGCAAGAAUGCCCUCAGAGACGCAAGUGAACACCAUAUAGAGCGUUUACACAAAAGGCUCGCUUCUCGCCCCACGGUAUCUACGAUUCUACGAGAGUUCGGCUCUGCGUUCGCGGAUCUCGUCCGAGGUGGUAGAGAUCUGUGUUUCGAAUACGACAGAGAGGCGGCUGGCGCGUCCGAACGCGUAGCUUCUAUCGAAGACCCCCAGCGCCUGCUUGAGCUCCUGAGGAUCGUCAAGAUUGAGUGGAAUCAAGAAUCUCUUAGCAAGGAUCAUGUUACUUCUGGGCAGCUGCCUUGCUAUGUGUGCGGUCAGAACAGCCAUUGCCCAUGUUUUCAGGAUUGGUCGCGAAAGCAACACCCCUCUCUUCGCAUUUUCAAAUCAGAUGGAUCCAAAAAACCAAGCAUAUAUCUACGUGCAUUCCUUCUCGGUAAUCACCGGAACCCGGAAGCUGAGAGCAUAGUGCUUCGUGAGGGAGACACCAUAGCCCUACUGCCCGGCAAUCUCGUAUCACAGGAACUUUCUUCGCCGACCGACUGGACAUCUGCGCAACCCACCGUCUCCCUCUGUCAAGGUUUCGCAAUCAAGGUUGAUAUGGAUCACCUGUACAUGAAGUUGCCGACAUCAUAUGGCACGUCACGUAACGUCACUGUACGUAUAGCCCUCGUGUCUGGUCUGAGAAGAGCUCUUCUUGUGGCUAGCCGGAACAUUAGAAAUGGUGAGAUCGUUGGAAUGGAACGGCCCGACGUCCCGCUUAAGCUACCUAACCCACACGCAACGAUUUCGAGCCCUUGA